AUGACUCACUAUCUGAGCUGGCGGGCCCUCGUGGUUUUGGCCCUGACAGUUUCAGCUUCUGCAUACCCCCAUCAAACAUACCCAGACCUCCUCCCACGUGCUGGAUGUCCUAUUCCUAAGAUUUGCACCUGGGGAAGUUGCACCAACACCACUAUUGGUCUUGAUCCCCGGAAUUGUGGAAAGUUUGGGAACUCUUGUGAACCUUCAGAGAUCUGUGUUGCUGGCGAAUGUCUUGCACUUGAUCUCGGCACAGACGAUUGUCCUACCGCAUGCAAGCCUGGUCAAUUGUGUACCAAUGGCGAGUGCAUUUCCAUCGAAAUCGCCGUGGAUCCUCUUCACUGUGGAGAGGAGGCUUGUGAUCCUGCCUCUCUCUGCAUCAACCAACAAUGCCAGAAACUCGACAUCGGCUCAGAUCCUACGUCCUGCGGUUCUUCUAAUACGACUUGCGACGCUGGAAGCUGGUGUCUCUACGACACCUGCGUUCCCUUUAUUCUCGGUACCAACGUUCAAGCCUGCGAUAAGACUACUUCAUGUUCUAUUGAUACUUCCCAGAACUGCACUGCUGGGCAAGUCUGCGUUUCUGGGAGAUGUCAGUCCCUUGAAGAUGAAGAUGCAAGCCAGAACUGUGAUGGGCUCUGCGAGCCUGGCUCAUGGUGCUUGGAUAGUGAAUGCGUGCCGAUUAGUAUCUCUACAGAUACUUCUCAGUGCGGCAGUAGCUCCAAACCAUGCGGCAAGGGACAAGUAUGCGUCUCAGGGCAGUGCAUUAGCAACCUGGUCCACCAAGAAAGCAUCCCAAGGACAGCUUGUAGUAUUUCUACACGUCCAGGAGGAUUUGUUUCGGAACCGGGUCAAUCUUCAGGUCAAGGCAACAACCGUGGCGGUCAAAAAGGAUCAUCCAAUGGCUCCUCUUCAGGACAAGGUGGAAGUCAGCAAGGGGGAGAUUCUACCUCGAACGACAACGGAUCUGGCGGCUUCCCCAGGAGUUACCAGGGCGGGUUCACCGGCUCACGUCCAGGCUUUAACUCUGGCUCUGGUAAUAACCAGGGUGGCACCAAUAGCUUUGGCGUUCCUCGUCCAGGUCCAGGCGAAGAUGGUAAAGGAUUUCCAUCAUCGGCCUGCGAGCCGGACUGCCCUUCAAACUUCAUCUGCGUUAGCGGAGAAUGCCUUUCGGUUUCGGACCCUUUAUCCUGCGGACCCUCCACCAAUUUGAACCGUCUCUUCCAUCGGCAAAACACUGUAUGCCCACCAGGGUAUGCCUGUAUCGACGACCGUUGCGUUCGUGUGGAUGGACCCGUCAGCUGCGGCGGCUCUAUCUGCCCUGCCAACCAUGCCUGUAUCCAGGAAGCCUGUGUGCCUCUUGGAGAUCCCACUGACUGUGGUGGUGAGACGUGUGGCAGUGAUGAGAUCUGUUUGGGUAAUACCUGUGUUUCGAACCCGGCGUUGGCCAGCUGUGCUGGUGUUGUAUGCCCUGCUGGGCAGGUAUGCCAGAACGGAGACUGUGUUGCCGCUGGUGGUGCACCUGGUGCAAACGGUAAUCCUCAGGGCAAUGGCGGUAGACCCGGCAGUAAUGGUGGUUCUCCAGGCGACGGCUCUGGCAACGGAGGCUCUGGCAAUGGCGGAUCUGGCGGCGGUUCCAAUGGAGGUUCCAACGGUGGCUCCAAUGGGGGAGGUAAUGGUGCGUCUCCUGGCGAUGGAUCAGGCAACGGGGGCUCCGGUAACGGUGGUACUGGCGGUGGAUCCAAUGGGGGAUCACCAGGCGGCAACGGUGGUUCUCCAGGGAAUGGCUCUGGGAACGGACCAGAUAGCGGUAACCCGGAAGGAAACGGUGGCCGACCCGGUCCCGAUCGUGGUGAUGACAGCUCCUCUGCUGGCAAUGGUGAUGGAGGUGGCAGUGCUACUGUAACCUCUCCGGCUGCAAAUACCGCUACCCGCUCUGGGGCUGCCAAUCUUUCAGAUUCAACAGCAACCAGUGCUGACGCUAGUGAUGGUGCGCCUAUUGUCAAUCCUGGCCCUGGCACGACAGGCACGGAUGGCCUAUCGGCAUCAACCACUACCAUUCGAGGUCGUCCUGGCGGUAACGGAGGCUCAACUGCUUCAGGUGACGGUGGUGGUGGUUCUCCUACUCUGGCCUCGACUGGGGUGACAGAGACCAGUGCUGCUACAUCUGAUGCAGGGCCUAUCGUCAACCCUGGAUCUGAUUCAACAGAGCUUGCGGGUACCAGCACAAGCUUGAAAGGUGGUCCAGAGGGCACCGGAGGUUCUGAGAUUACACUCAGCGGGACUUCUUUGCCCACUGACACCAGCAGCGGGUCUCUUACCAAUGGUGGUAGCUCCACAGCCGGAGCUGUUGGUACUGAUACAACAGAUAUUGACAAUCCCGCUGCGUCUAGCACAGACGGAGGUGGCAUUUCAGCCUCUGCAUCCGGUGUCACUGGUACCGAUGUUGAUGGGCAGACAGAGACAGCCUCCACUACACAAGCCGCAACUGCUGCGCCAACGCAAGACACGCCAUGUUCCACAGACGAUGAUUGUCUUCUCAAUGUCGCUCUUUGUGUUUUCAAUGGCCUCAAUAUUUGUACUUGCGUCGACGGAGUUUGCACACAGCAGCCCGGUGGUCCUGAAGGUACAGGUACAGGAGUUACUGGUUCUGACCUUGGGACAUCAACUGGAGGUAACGGAGAGCCAACUGAUAGUGCUGGGUCGACAGUCACGGACGGUAGUGGAGAGACUGCUACUGCAACAACGGGAGAACCAGCUGCAACAUCGACAGUAUCAUGCUCUACAGACGACGACUGUCUGGCAAAUACUGUCUUGUGCUCAGAUGGUUUACUCAACCUUUGCAUCUGCGUUGACGCCAUUUGCAUUCUCGAUCCAGCUUUAGCUUCGACCUCUGAUGCCAACAACGGACAGACGACCACGAUCCAGGAUGCUACCACUACGGAUGGAGAAGCAGCCGCAACUUCAUCAGCUGUUGCGUGUACUACAGACGCUGAUUGUUUAGCCGAUCUUGGCCUCUGUGUCGAUGGCUUGGUUAAUCUAUGCAUCUGUGUAGAUGCCGUCUGCAUCGUUGACCCAGCCUUAGCCACGACAUCUAGUCUUGAUAAUGGACAGACGACUACAGUCCCAGCUGCAACAUCCACAGCAGUGUCGUGCAACUCAGAUGAUGAUUGCUUAGUUGAUGUUGAUCUUUGUGUCGACGGCUUGCUCAAUCUAUGCGUCUGUGUAGACUCCAUCUGCGUCGUGGACCCAGCUUUAGCCACUACUACUGCCGAUGCUACUGUCACAGCGACACAGCCAGCACCAACAGAGACAACUGCAGUUGCUUGCUCCACAGCCGACGACUGCACUGUCGAUGCAGACCUCUGUCUCAUUGGAGGGCUCAACCUUUGUGUCUGCCUCAACGGAGUCUGCGUUGCUGACCCUAACGGUCAGGAAACGACAGCUACGAACCCUACUGAGACCACCGGUGGACCAGGAGCUACUUCAACUGCCGUUGCUUGCUCUACGGCUGAUGAUUGCGCUGUCGAUGCGGGCCUAUGCCUCGACGGAUUGAUUAACCUUUGUGUCUGUCUCAAUGGCGUCUGCGUUGUUCCUGGAGGAGGCAAUGAUCAGACAACUACAGAGACUGGUGCUGGAACAGGACCUACGACAGCACCACUUUCAUGCUCUACAACUGAUGACUGUGUUGCUGAUGCCGACCUAUGUCUUGAUGGUCUGUUGAACCUCUGUGUUUGCCUCAACGCUGUCUGCGUCGUAGCAAACCCUGGGGGUGAUCCGACUGAAACAACUGCGGCACCACCUGAAAACACUAGAACUCCAUGCGCCACCAAUGGUGAUUGUACGGCUAAUGCCGCACUUUGUCUAGACGGCUUGAUCAACCUAUGUGUUUGCCUCGAAGGUAUAUGUAUCGUCAAUGGUGUUGGCAAUCCCACUGAAACGACUGCUCCUGCGCCAACAGAGACUUCUACGUCAUGCAAUACUGCCGAUGACUGUGCCGCCAACGCUGGCCUUUGCUUGGACGGGCUUCUCAAUCUUUGUCUCUGCGUCGACGCAGUUUGUAUACGAUCACCAGGUGGUGGUGGUAACAAUGGCGAUCCCUGCACUGACGAUGGUGAUUGUACAGCUGCGGGAGCUAUAUGCCUUGACAGUGGUGUUUGUGGACCUGAUCCAGGCAACACGCCAACUUCAUGCACUACAGCCGACGACUGCACGGCUAACGCUGCUCUCUGUUUGGAUGGCCUGUUGAAUCUCUGUGUUUGCGUCAAUGCUGUCUGUGUACAAGCUGGCAACGGCGGCGGUAACGGUGAUGCUUGCACAGACGAUGGCGACUGUACUACUGCAGGGUCAGUCUGUCUUGACAGCGGUGUCUGUGGACCUGAUCCAGGCACCAACCCAACUUCAUGCUCUACGGCAGAUGAUUGUACAGCAGAUGCCGACCUUUGUCUCAAUGGUCUUCUCAAUAUCUGUGUUUGUGUCAACGCCAUCUGCGUACAGGGUGGAGGUGGUGGGGGCAAUACUGGCGAUUCAUGCUCUGUCGACGCUGACUGCACCACUCCAGGAGAUGAAUGCAGCAACGGUGUAUGUCAGGCAGCAGGAGGCGGAGGCACAGACGCUUGUGUCGACGCCAACGAUUGUCUCCUCUCCGUCAAUCCUCUCUGCGUUCUCGGUCUGUGUGUCUGCGUUGAUGCAGUCUGUACUACAUCCCCCGACGUUGACGAGUGUACCUCCAACGCAGGUUGUAGCGCUGGAGCUACAUGUCAGAAUGGUGUUUGUGUUGAUAAUACUGAGUGCAGUGGUGCAGCAGAUUGUCUCGCGAAUCUUGAUCUAUGCGUUUUGCCGGGCGUUUGUGCUUGUGUCAAUGGUGUUUGUGGAC